AUGAAUAAGAAGAUGCUUCAAGAAGUGCGACACGCUUCGAGUCGGCGGUGGAAAGUUCCAGGUCUGAGUUCGCUGUGGCCGAAUUCUCUUUUCUUCGAGCCGUCUGUGCUUUCUCGACCUGGGAAUCCUCUCCUCUUCUCCUGCACGAUUAUCCACGACGACCCCCGAUACGCCAAAGUCAUGCCUUACAAACUCUCCGCCACCCUCGCUGCUCACUCCUCGGAUGUUCGGGCAGUCGUCUCUCCCUCAGACGACCUCAUUCUCUCUGCUUCGCGCGAUUGCACCGCGAUAUCAUGGAUGAGAUCGUCUCCCACCUCGUCUUUCGCCCAGGCAGCCGUCCUCAAGGGCAGCUCCCGCUAUAUCAACGCCGUAACCUACCUACCCCCUUCGCCUGACGCACCACUAGGGUACGCGGUGACGGGCGGGCAGGACUCGAUUAUCAACAUAUAUUCGCUCGCGAACACCACCGGCGAGCCCAACUUUUCUCUUCUGGGGCAUACUGAGAACGUUUGCGCGUUGCACACCGGGCCCGAUGGGGAGAUUAUUUCUGGUUCCUGGGAUCGUACCGCGAAAGUAUGGAGGGAUUUUCAAUUGGCCUUUGACUUGAAGGGGCAUCAACAAUCGGUAUGGGCCGUGCUAGCCGUAGACGGGCGGCAGUUUUUGACCGGUUCCGCCGACAAUACUAUUAAAUUGUGGAACCAGCACAAAAACGUCCGCACAUACCCUGGGCACACGCAAGCCGUCCGCGGUCUCACGUUGAUUACUGAUAUUGGCUUUGCUUCCUGUUCGAAUGACAGUGAAAUCCGGAUUUGGACCAUGGAGGGGGACGUCGUGUACACGCUGUCAGGUCAUACGUCGUUUGUCUACAGCCUCUCUGUCCUGCCCAGUGGGGAUAUCGUAUCAGGUGGUGAAGAUCGCACGGUGCGCAUCUGGCGGGAUGGCGAAUGCGCACAAACGAUCGUUCACCCCGCCUUGUCUGUGUGGUGCGUCUCGACGAUGCCUAACGGCGACAUCGUGACCGCGUGCAGCGACGGUGCCGUGCGCGUGUUCAGCGAUGCGGAAGCACGAUGGGCCCCUGCAGAACAGGUCGCAGCAUACGAAGAGCAGGUUGCGAGCCAGGCGCUGCCGGCACAGCAGCUCGGCGACGUGAACAAGUCGGACCUGCCCGGGGUCGACGCGCUGACGCAGCCAGGUAAGAAAUCCGGGGAGGUGAAGAUGGUACAGAACGACGGGACCGUGGAGGCUCAUCAGUGGGACAGCGCGACCCAACGCUGGCAGAAAAUUGGCGACGUUGUAGAUGCCGUUGGUUCCGGUCGGAAACAGCUCUACGAAGGCAGAGAGUACGAUUAUGUUUUCGAUGUCGACGUGCAAGAGGGUGUGCCCCCUCUCAAGUUACCGUACAAUGCGAACGAAAAUUCGUACUCUGCGGCACAACGCUUCCUCGAGCGGAACGAUUUGCCAAUGUCAUACUUAGAUGAGGUUGUUAGAUUUAUCGAGAAGAAUACGACUGGUGUCAGCAUUGGCGGCGGCCCCAAUCAAUUUGUGGAUCCAUACACCGGUGCUUCAAGAUAUCAGCCUGGAAGGAGUACGAUAGCAAGCGGUGGUGCAGAAUACAUGGAUCCAUUCACAGGUGCUUCAAGAUACCGUGCUCCCGAGGCUUCUCCACCUCCUGCCGCCCCAGCACCGGCAUACGGUGAUCCCUGGACCGGCGCUUCUCGCUACGCAGGCACGCCAACACCUUCUACGCCCCGAAAGUCUGUACCGCCGCGGCAGAAGAUUACGCUUCCUCUUCGGUCGCCUUUGUUAUUCCGGCAAGCCAAUGUUUCCGCCAUGCAGAGCAAGUUAUAUCAGCUUGAUCAAGCCUUGCGCAAUGAGAUUUCGACGUCCUCCCUCUCGAUGUACUCGCAGGAGCUGAAGUACAUUGAUGAAUCGUUUGCAAUUUUGUCGCAGGUGGUGGCACGUCCCCUGGAAGCCCCGUCAACCGCGCUGGGCGCGAACCACAUCGAUGCGAUAAUUCAGCUACUGGAACGAUGGCCCCCGGGCCCUGUCUUUCCCGUGAUGGACUUGUGCCGGCUACUGGUCGGGUUCUGCCCGGACUGCAACGCGGACCAUGCGCUGAAGAUACGGCUAUCCGAGGCGCUGUUCCAUAGCGCAGAAUGGGGAGAGGCGUGGACGUCGCCGCUGCCCAAACAGAAGGAGACGAACGUGCUAUUCUUGUUCCGCGCGCUGGCGAAUAUGUUGCAAGAUUCGGUAGAGCGCGAUGAAACUUGGGUGAAGGGGGUGCUCAACGAGUUGGGGGAAGUACCAUACAGUGUCUUGACGAAGACGUUGCGGGUGGCAUUGGCCACGAUACUAUUCAACUUGUCGUGCAUAGGUCUUCGAGAACGUUUGAAAGACGAGAUAUGGACUAAGCAAUUCAAUCUGGUGCUUCAGAUACUCCAGGCUGAACAGACCGAUUCCGAGGCUGCAUAUCGCGCGUUGGUUGCACUAGGCAACACUGUGUAUGCUGCUAAGGAUCAAGAGCGGCCUCUUGGUUCCUCACGAACAGACGCAAUAAGGCAAUGCCUUAGCGCGCUAUCUACCACGUUCCCGGAGGACCGUAUCAAAGACGUGACGAGCGAGAUCACACCAUUGCUGUAG